UGGGCACACUUUACGGCGAAGCGGCAAUUUGUGGCGUCAAAACAAAAAAAUUAUAAAUUAAAUGUUAUUUCACAACUCGCACACAAUUGAACGCCAUGGAAACUAUUAACUUUAACGAGUUUUCGCACAAGGAGCGCUACGAAAUCAUCAAGGCUUUUCUGGUUAAGAUGCGCGGGGCCAACACCAUGCCGAGCAAGGAUUUGCAUGUGCAGAAAUUCUUCGAGCAUUAUUUGCGAAAAUUCUACAAAGUGCCAGAGAAAUUGGUGAACGAUAUAGCCUACUGCCAGCGAGCCAUGAAGUCGCAUCUGGCAACGCAUCAGACAAUUGUUGAUGUUUUCGGUAAGCAGGAGGAUGCCGAUCCCGUGACCAAGAACAACUAUCUGCACGAACUGGAGGAUAUGCUGUACGAGUUGAAUGCAGAGUGCCAGUAUCUGUUGCUACGUCUCCAGGAUCACAUCGAUCGCUUCUGCUUGGCCUUUAUCGAGCAGGACGUGAAGCCUGAUGAACGGGUGAUCCAGGACAUUGUCAGUCAAUCCAUAGUGCCCCUGAUUGUUGCCCCGGAACUGUCGCUCAAACCGCAUUUCGUUAUGGAACGACCCACCGAAGAUCAGUUGCUAAAGAAGUAUUUCAUCAUAGACGCUCCAGAGGAACAGGCACCACCGCCUGUCAAAGCCAUAAAACCGCCUCCGGAACUCCCACAACUGCAGUCGUCGGCAGACACCGCCAACGUGGUUAUGGCGAGCCGUCUUAAUCUGCAAGCAGCCCUCAAGAGAGCUCGCUCGCAGUGCAAGCCAGUCGAAAAGGCGCCAGAACCCGACCAGCCGAAAGGCACCAAGGAGUUAUUCUUGCAAUCCGUUGGACUCUGCACGCACAAGGAGCACCAGAAGCUAAAGUUAUCGAUGAUACAGCUCCAGAAGCGAAAGCCGAAGCCAACUGAGAAAACCAAAUGAAAACCAGGAAGACGCCAAGACCAAGUAUGUAUUUAAUGAUGGGAGAAUCGAAGAAUUAUCUGUGUUUUUGGAUACAUUAAAGAUAAAAUAUUUAAUGAUAUUAGAUUGAACUGAAAUA